CGCUCGCUGACCUGAUGUGCUCUGCUCCCGGUUCAGGACACUCGCUAACCUGAUGAGCUCUGCUCCAGGUUCAGGACGCUCCCUGACCUGAUGUGCUCUGCUCCCGGUUCAGGACGCUCCCUGACCUGAUGAGCUCUGCUCCAGGUUCAGGACGCUCGCUGACCUGAUGUGCUCUGAUCCAGGUUCAGGACCCUCGCUGACCUGAUGUGCUCUGUUCCAGGUUCAGGACGCUCGCUGACCUGAUGAGCUCGCUCCCCUCACUGCCCUGGGCCAAAUAUAUCAGCUAUUUCGUGCUGGUGGCUUUCGGGAUUGAGCUAUUGGUGGUUAGCUUUUUCUAUCGGGCGGUGCUAACAUUCGGACUACUGCUGUUGUCAGGGUGGCCCGUUGUAUCUCGCUUACACACUCGAGCAAAGGCCAAGUCGCUGGGCUGGGUGAUGGGUUGCCUGUCAUUGGCAGCCUUCCCCCUGAUGCCUGUGGUGGACAGGGAGCUGAACGUGGGGCUCGUGGUAUGUGCUGGGGCCCUCAUCCUGCUCACCUCCGCGUGCUUCCUCUGGCUGUCGCGGAGGCUCAGUCCACCGCGCUGGGGGCAUGGCCUCUUCUACAUCUCUCAGAUGGUUCACUUGGCCCUGUGCACCUAUGUGGUGUCCAGCACGCAUUCCAGCCUCCGCCAGAAACAAGGCCUCCCGGUGACCAACCAGGUGUUCAGCUGGGUCACGUUAGCCUCCUCCUUCGUGGUGCCCCUCCUAAGCUCCACCCGCCUCUUCCAGCGGCUCCUCAGUAUCUCCUUGUCCCUGGCGUCAACGUACCUCCUCCUCAGCACAGGGUAAGUUCCUGCUCCCUGUCGCCCCCAUGUGACUGGGUGACUCAAUUACCACGCUUCCAAACAGUUACUUCAACCUCCAUC